AUGGCCCGUCAACGUCGUUCCGCCGCCCCUGCGCGCAGCGCUCCCUCCCGACCAACCGCUGCUCCCGCUAGACCAGCUCCCCAGAUGCAGCAGCAGAGACCAUCCUCUACCGCCGCUGCUCCCCCACAGACCCAACAGGCUCCUGCUGCCCAGUCCAGUGGCGGAUCCAGCUUGUUCGGCCAAAUGGCUGCUACCGCUGGUGGUGUUGCCAUCGGUUCCUCCAUUGGCCACGCUGUCGGCAGCUUCUUCACCGGUGGCUCUUCCACCGCUGCUCCAGCCGAGACCCAGCAGGCUGCUGCUCAACCCAUGGAUAGCGGAAUGUACCAGAGCAACGCCAGCACCAGCGGAUGGGCCGAGAACUCUCCCUGCGAGACCGACAUCCGCUCUUUCAGGAAGUGCAUGGAUGACAACCAGGGCAACAUGUCUAUCUGUGGAUGGUACAUGGACCAGCUGAAAGCCUGCCAGGCUGCUGCUAAGCCUUACUAA